AUGGCAUCCACCAUCUUUCGUGCUACGCGCUACAUUGGACAAUAUUUGAACUCCUUGACCACUUUCCGAGGCCUCAAAUAUAUCAGCUCCUAUCAUACAGCUCAGGAUAAACCGACGAACCUGAACUCUGGAUCUGAGCACGCAGAUCCAUUGUCUUGUUCUGAGGAUCACGACGCGACGAUACCUUUUCCGACUUCAAAACUACGUGUAUUCGAUCUUCCUAAAGGCUUCAGACCCACCUUGCUACAACGGCCAGACUAUAUUGAAAAAGCUCUUGGGCCUUUAGUGGAAAUUAUUGAUCAAGACUCCCCUGAGACGUUGUAUCUGAGUAUGGAUGCGGAAUGGAAUAUUCGAAGACGAACCGGGGUCUCAAUUAUCCAGCUUUGUCCUCAUAUCGAUCCAACGGUAGUCUAUAUCAUCGCAGUUCACCGACUUUCCUCCCUCCCCCCUUCGUUACUACGACUUCUAACGUCCGAACGCGUAUGGAAAAUUGGGUCACGCAUCAAAGGCGACCUGACCCGCCUCCGAAAACAGUUUCCCACUCAACUGCAUGACUCAAUUCGUUUUUCCACCAUCGACCUCAAAGAAUAUGCACUCGCCGGCAGAUUUAUACAGCCAAAACAAAGUGGAGCAUUGGCUUCGCUAUGUGAGACCGUUCUUGGGCAGCGCCUUCCUAAAGACCAAGAUACACGUGCAAACAACAGCUGGGAAUACCCGACUAUCUCAUCGACAUUAUUGCAUUAUGCCGCUUGUGACGUCUUGGCGUCACGAAGGAUAUUCGAGAAGAUGUUGGGCGAGGAGGUAGACCGUUCGGUACCACCGGAUGAAGUCAAGCUCGAAUUGGAACAGGAUGAAGUUAGAGAAAUACAAGCGCAGGUAAUAGAAACAGACGCUACUGCUGAAUUGUGCCAUUUGAGGGUUUGA